UUCAAUCAUUAUAUAUCACUUCUUCUUUAAUUUGCUACGUUAGCUUAAUUACGAAAUGGCAACUUCAGUUUCCAAAAUCUUGUUAUCUCCUGCAAAGGCAGCUACUUUCUUGUUCACGUUGCUGAUUUUGGGCACUGCAUGCCAUGCACAACUUACCUCUACAUUUUAUGACAGUUUAUGUCCGAAUGCACUCAGUACUAUUCGAACUUCCAUCAGGAAUUCAAUUGCUGCAGAACGAAGAAUGGCUGCGUCUCUCAUUCGCUUACAUUUUCAUGAUUGCUUUAUUCAGGGUUGUGAUGCCUCUGUCCUGCUUGAUGAGACUUCAACUAUCGAGAGUGAAAAGACUGCACUACCUAACAAGGACUCUGCCAGAGGUUAUGAAGUCAUUGACAAAGCAAAAACUGAAGUCGAGAAGAUAUGUCCUGGAGUUGUAUCUUGUGCCGAUAUACUCUCUGUAGCAGCAAGGGAUUCAUCUGCAUACGUUGGAGGUCCAUCAUGGACAGUGAUGCUUGGAAGAAGAGACUCAACUACUGCAAGUCGAACUCUUGCCAACAGUGAACUUCCUAGUUUUAAAGAUGGCCUUGACAGACUUAUUUCUCGUUUUCAGAGUAAAGGCCUUAGUGCAAGGGACAUGGUUGCUUUAUCAGGUGCUCAUACAUUAGGUCAAGCUCAAUGCUUUACCUUCCGCGAUAGAAUAUACAGCAAUGGCACUGAGAUUGAUGCUGGGUUUGCUAGCACCCGCAAGCGUAGUUGUCCAGCUGUUGGUGGCGAUGCAAAUUUGGCUCCACUUGAUUUGGUCACCCCCAAUUCUUUUGACAAUAAUUACUUCAAGAACUUGAUGCAAAGAAAAGGUCUUCUUGAAUCAGAUCAAAUUCUUUUGAGUGGAGGUUCUACAGACAGCAUAGUCUCAGGAUAUAGCAGGAGUCCUUCUACUUUCAGCUCCGAUUUUGCAUCUGCCAUGAUCAAAAUGGGAAAUAUUGAUCCUCUUACGGGAACUGCUGGUCAAAUAAGGAGAAUCUGCAGCGCUAUAAAUUAGCUACCUCCGUUCUUGAACCUUAUGAUCACUUCGUCUACUAUUAGUUGUAGAUGGAUGCAUUAACUUGUUGUUCCCUUUAUUUAUAAAUCUGCAGUUUCUCCUUUUUAA